CCCAUGUCUGACAGAUCAAGGGAGCUUUUCAGGCCUUUAUGCAUGGCAGAUGAGCAUUAAAUACAAAAUGGCUAACUACCGUACAAAACUCAGAGGUUUUGGCAUUCCUGAGGUCACAUGCAAUGCUCUAAAACACAAACACCCAGAUGACAGAAAGUCUGCAAAAAAUGUUAAAAAGCCAAGAAGAGCUGAAGUCAACUACCUCUACCUUCUUACCCAGUGGGUGAAGAUGAGAAGACUUUGGAAAAAGAGAGAGAAGAGCUGGUCUCAGAAUUUAAAAAAAAGAACAAUGAAGAGAUUAUAAAGGAAAAGAUGAACAAAACAUUUGCACACAGACGACAUGAAAUCAUUAAUCAAUGUCCAAGUGUGCAAGAUAUAAAGGAACGAUGGCCAGCCCUGUUUCAACCUUCUCAAGUGACUGCAGAAUUUCAAAGAAUAACCACCGUGCAGCUGGAACCUAAAUUUAUGUCCUCAUUGGAUCUUCACACUCCCAAGCUGCUGACACUGUUUCGUGCCAAAGGAGGAGUACUUGGACAAAGACUGAAAACGGAGAUGGAACUACUGAAGGAUGAGCAUUGUUCUGUUGAUAUGAAAAGAGAGGUGGUCAUCCGCUGCAUGACUGAAUUCCUUGGGGAACAUGCAGGAGAUCUCAAAGAAUUCAACGACAAUGAAGAACUGACAGGAAUUGAACCGCUUGUGAUGGCAGUAAUUGUGACCAGGACAGGAGCUUCAAGUGACAGUCCAAAGGACACUGGAAUUGUUAUCGAGGGCGUGAAAGUCCUCAAAGGCCUUGAAGGUGUUCCCAGGGCUUGCUGUGUCCUUCUUGGUUUGACCUAUGCAUUGAAUCUCCAUUAUCCCAAGCAUCUAAAGUAUACCUUUGAGGUAUUUCAGAAACUUCUCCUGGAGCUGGAUGCUUCAAAGCUUCGUUUAACUAAGUCCAGUUGAUAAAAUCUAUAGGCUGUUUUAAAAUGAGAUUAUUAGUGUAAUCUUUUCUGUGGUUCAAUGUUGCCGAAAAAGUCACACUUUCUUUUGUUUUGAAAACAUGGAAACCUUGUUUUUUAUAUUUAUUUUAUUUUAAACAAUGCAACUGCAUUGUGUAUUUUGAACAGUUUGUGCCUAAAAAGAGACAAAUUUGCACUUUUUGAAUUGAUAUGCCUUAAUGUAAUUGGAAAAAAAGAUGCAGUUCUGUUGGUAAAGAAUAGUGAAUGUUCACAUUGAUAAUUCUAAUAAAUGCUAUUUUUGUGACCUUGUUGGCAAUAAAAGGAGUUUGUAAUUCAUCUUUGAUGUCUAUGUCUGUUAUACCUACAAUCAGAUUUAAUUAAAUUAUUUUAAUUAAUCCACUCAUUAAAAAUGAUAAU